AUGGCAUGUCUUGUCGAGGGACAAGAACCAGAAAGCGGCCUCGUCGACGCUGUGGCCAACGGUCAGCAGGCCGUGGUUCUGCAGGAUGACGGCUUUGUUGUCCGCGCCCAAGACAGCCGCGAUUCGUCGUCCUUCCUCCCGAUCGAGGACAAUGCCACCAAACUGGUCGUACACGGCAUGGCUCUUGUAGAAACGGAGGGCAUCCUGCGUAAUCAUGUCCAGUGGCCGCCCAAAGGCACUAAAUGCCUUGCCGUAGACGGAGUGCGCGUGGCAGGCGGCAUGCACGUCCGGCCGCGCCUUGUGGAUUUCCGAGUGGAUGGCAAACGCGGCGGCAUUGAUGGUCUCGCUGCCCUCGACGACGACGCCGUCUUCGUUGACGAGAACGAGGUCGGACACGCUGAUUUGCGAAAAGUGCAUCGACAGAGGAUUCAGCCAGAAAUGGUCGGUCAGAAUUGGAUCGCGCACCGACACGUGGCCGGCCACGCCCUCGUCGAAGCCGCGAUCGGCAAAUACGCGGAAGACAGCCGCCAGAUGCUGCUUGCGGUAGAGACGCUCUUCGUGGAGCGAGGCAAACGUGGGAUAGGAUCGAAUCUUCAGAGUCUUGCCGGUGGUGGUCCUGCCCAGCGCGCCUGUAGCGGCGUUGGCGCCUUUCUCGUUGGAGAGGACGACAGCGCUAGGGGCCAUUAUGUGAUUCUAUUCGUACGAGAUUCUAGACGGAGUGUGGAGGGAGGGUGA